ACGCUGGAACUGCACCGAGGCAUGGGUGGUGCUUAUGUGCCGGAUGGGGAGAGUUAACGAGCUCAAAUGUGCUCAAAACCCUGGAAGUUGCAGCGCAGGAUUCCCGACUUCACGAAUCGAAAUAACGCGCUCAAUUGUACGUGGUAACCGGUUUGAUACCCUGAUAGUUCUCAAUAUCACAGCAGCAGUUUCCGCGAUGAGCAAUUACUAAUAUUCUAUUGGCGUGUUUGCCAAAAUCCGCAAUGUCUACUUCAGUAUCAUUUUAUCCACAGGCAAGGUGAUUAUCAGCGUGUCGCCAAGCACGAUGUUUAUGACACCUCUACUGUAAUCUCUCUUUCCCCAUCAUCUUUGGGCAGAAAUCCAUCCUCAGAAUUCUAGUUGAUCAAUCGACGCUUGACGCCAUCAUGUCCUUACCAUGGCUUAGCCAGCCGGUCAUGCUGCAUUCAAGCCGCGAUGCCGGAACUUGCUCAAUGACACCAGAGCAGUGCGCUUUCAAGACUGGCUACUGGGUAUUUUGGUACGAAGCUGAUCACCGAUACGGACUACCGACAGUUGCUUUCUUUGUAACGGCAAUACUGCUUGCAGCCAUUGCCAGCUUUGCCUCAACAUACGCCCCGUCAUCGUGGAGGAGAAACACAUUGUGGCUACGGAUUUUGUCUUCAGGACGUCUCCUGUCCUACAAAAACUGGAGGCUUGGUUUCUGGAACACACAGUCAUUAGGCACAUGCCUGCUUGGUGCCGCAGGUGCUGUGUUUUUCUUGGCAAUGACGCUUGGCCCCCAGCCCUAUUACUGGCCUAACACGAAAGAGCUCAGCUUCGGAAACUCGCCUCCGAUUGCCACCCGUGCUGGUUACAUGGCUUUGGCCUGUAUGCCAUUUCUCUUCAUUCUAGGUGCAAAAGCAAAUCCAAUUUCUGCCCUGACCGGUAUAUCUCACGAGAAACUCAACAUCUGGCAUAACUGGGUAGCAUGGGCUAUGUUUGUACUGGCACUUGUCCAUACGUUUCCCUUCAUCGUAUUCCACAUCUGGAAAGGGGACAUAGUCAAGCAGUGGAACGACGGAGGCAUUUGGGUUACAGGUGUUAUUGCAAUUCUAGCCCAAGCAUGGUUGACCUUCAUGUCUAUUCGCUGGAUCCGAGACCGAUAUUACGAGCUGUUCAAGGCGACCCACCUCUUUGCCGCCGCCGUCUUCUUCAUUUUCUUCUUCAUCCACUGCGACUUCCGUCUUACCUCAUGGGACUACUUCAUCGUCACAGCUGUGCUGUACGCUCUAUGCUUCUUCUACUCGCAGUUCAAAACCUUUAUGGAGCACGGUGUCAGCCACGCGCGAGUAUCACUGGUCACACCUCAUUGUCUAAAGGUAGUCAUAGAGACCAACACGCGAUGGACACCGGGCCAGCACGUUUAUCUGAGAUUUUUAACAGGCGGCAUUCACGCACUGACUGCUCACCCGUUUACAAUCUGCUCGAUCCCACGACAAGGCCAGCGAAGCGAAAUGGUCUUCUACAUCCAACCCAGAGGAGGAAUAACAGCUAGGCUUGCUGCAAUCGCUCAGAAAUCUCCCGAGGCAUCUGUUCAGGUUCUGAUUGACGGACCAUACGGCGGCGUUACGGAUCGAUGGUUUACUGGCUUCAAUCGGACGCUUGUUGUUGCUGGGGGUGCUGGAGCAGGAUUCUCUUUACCAAUGAUCGAAAAUUUCCUGCAAUACCAACACCAAGGAAUCGCGAACCCAGAGAUAGAAGUUAUCAUUGCAACCCGCGAUCUUGGGUUCCGGGAAUGGUACUGCAGAGCAUUGGACGACAUCAUUGCUCGACAUACCCAUAUCGAGGACACAAAGGCCCCAGUCAUUUCUAUCUCUUUCCAUGAGACCGGAACCUCGGUAGAAACCAGCUCGACUUCAUCCAACCCAGAGUCUCCGGCAUAUGGUAGAGACAAGGAGGUGAUGGAAAGGUCCGGGAAGUCUGCAGAGACUGGAUGGCAAUGCCCUUCGGGUUUUGUCAAUCUACAGAUAUACACUGGACGGCCAGAUUUAUCCGCGAUUUCUAGGCGAGCUGUUGACCAGCCGGGAAGCGUUGGCUUGGUGACCUGUGGCCCAGCAUCAUUAGUCUUCGACUUGGGUGAGAUUGCGGCUGAAGCCCAGAAACGCAUUCUGCAAGGUGGAAGUGGUGCCAGCGAGGUCUGGUUCUACAAGGAAAACUUUUCAUAUUAAACUCUCAAGCCACCAAGACAACUUUUAGUUUCAAGUGCUGCACAACUAUCCCAUCAACUGCUAGAUGGCGUCAGUACAAGCUACGUACUUUAAAUAAUCCGAUCUCACUUCCCUUAUAUUCGCC